UUCGCGUCCCAUGUCUCCCCUCCCCACGCCCCAUGUCUCCCCCACGCCCCAUGUCUCCCCCUUGGUCGGUGGCAGAUGGUGAGAGGGUGGCACCUCCUACGCCACAACGGUCAGAAACUUCAAGGAACUACAACAACCUUAUGAUUCGUCUUAUAGAUGAAGAGUCUGACUCUGAUACCUACCAGUCAGAAUCAUUUGAUGAGCACAUAGUGUUCCAGAAUCAGUUUACACCCGGAAGACCUCAGGGUGCUGGCGGCCAUCAGGUUGUGACCCCUUCACAGCACCUGGCAAUGCCCUCCCCUGCACAGGUCUUCACCCCACAGGUAUCACAGAUUAUGACCUCGCCAUCACAGUUCAUGACUCCACGGGCACAGUUGAUUAUGACUUCUCCCGGACAGGUCAUGAACACCCCUGUUCAGGUCAUAGCCUCUCCCCAGGGUAUGAUCGCCCCGCCGAGGGUCACUUCUGCUCACGCCAUCACUUCCCACAUACCACAGACAGUAGCAUCAUCACAGGCCAUGAUCAACCCCGCACACAAUUUAAGAACCAACUUUGUCCAAAAUGAAGAUGUGAUUCUUACAGAUGAAAAUAACUACCAUUAUUCGGGGAGUUUGAACGAAUUACCUUCAUCGUCCCAUAUGGAGGACGAGGCGGAGGAGACGCUGCAGAGGGGAAGCAACCAUGUGAUGGUGACGCGGGGCAGAGCCAGGGUCCUGAUGCACUCUGCCUCUGAUCCGGGGGUAUCACGACCCCGUCACCAGCACCUGCAGCAGCACCACCCGCGAGCCCCGGGCAUCGCUGUGCCCCCGCCCCUCGACCACCUCAGUGAGGAGGAGGUGGGAGAGUCUGACUGCGACGGGUAUGAGGACGUCCCGCGGGGAGGCAGACUACAACGAACAGACUCGGUGCUGACGGUAGCUCACCUAUAUGAAGACCUGCUGGUGUCCACCCGCUUCCGGUUACGUGUGACGCUCACCAACUUGACAGCUGUGGUGGUGGUGGCCGCCCUCGUCGUGCCCAACACAUCUACCAUUCUCUUCACCGCCUUCAGAUUAGUGUUUGGGACGUUGUUCCCGGCCUACUAUUCCUACAAGGCUGUCAAGACCAAAAACGUAAAAGAAUACGUAAAAUGGAUGAUGUACUGGAUAGUAUUUGCAUUCUUCACAUGUUUCGAAACACUCACCGAUCUCUUCCUCAGUUUCUGGUUUCCCUUCUAUUACGAGCUCAAGAUUUUAGUGGUGCUGUGGCUGUUGUCUCCAGCCACCCGGGGGUCAUCCAUUUUGUACCGCAAGUUUGUACAUCCAUGGCUGACCCGUCGAGAAGAUGAUAUUGAUAACUGUAUUGCUCAGGCCAAGCAACAGGGCUACUCCACAGUCAUACAGCUGGGCACCAAGGGCAUGAAUUACGCCACCACGGUCUUAAUGCAGACCGCAAUUAAGGCAAGUCGAGGACCCCAGGGUGGUGGUGGUAUUGUGAAUCAACUGCGGCGUAGUUACAGCUCUGGUGAACUGGCUGAUGAGGAUAUGAAUCGCAAUGUUAAGGCUUUGCCACACAUUCCUGAUGAUGACUAUGAAGACCGCGCUCACUCCUCAGGGCCUUUUGAAGGGGAACCACGUAUUCGUGCUGAGAGUGAUGCAGCAUACAAGCCUCGAGGAUCAUCAGCAAGUCGUGGGGUCCGCUCUAGCAAGACUAGAUCAGCUGAUGUGUCUGACGUUUAUUACCAGGAUGUCCCAGAUGAGGCCGUCCAGCGUAGACGCUCCCCACGCACACAGGACACAGCCAGAUCUCAGCCUACGCUACACUUCCAAGAGCCGCCAGCAAAAGGACAGUCGCGAAAAAGAGGCAAGUCUGAGAUUCGUCCCAGACCAAAAUCAAUGAUUAAUGCAGCAGAUGUGACUCGUGGUGCUGAAUGGGCACGAGCUCAACGAGUUGGAUCUACUAUGUCACUGAAUACUGAGCUAGAGUUAUCAGAGUCAUCUUCACACUCUUCUUUAGCCUCUAUUGCCUCUACUUCUCAAGGACAGCAUUCAGUUCGACCAAAGACUCGAACAGGCUCCGUGCGUAGGGCAAGAGUCAACUCCCAGGGUAGAAAAGGAACAGGGUCAUUGUCAAGAUCUUCGUCCCGUUCUCAAACAAAUGUUGUCAAAAGAGGCUCACUGGAGGCUGCUUCUGAAUCAGAAUAAUGAUUGAUGCUAGAUAAUUUAAAGGUCACAAUUGUUAAUGUGAUUAUUGUCUGUUAAAUGGUGUUAUGGACUGUGAUUUAGAAGCUUAUGGAGAUAAUAUGCAGAUCUGUGCAAACAUUCUUACAUGCCAGAUUUUGCAGGUGAUAUGAAACAGGAAUAUUUUUUGUUAUUCCUUUUCCUUAGGAAAAGUGUAAUGAUUUAGUUCUAGAGGUACUUUGAAUUACAUUUUACUUUGCAAAGUAUGACUGUAAUUGCACUGUAUAUUUUAUACAAGAUUUAUUACAUAUGGAUAAAACAAGUCUAAUAUAGGUGUUUCAUCAACUUGUUUCAUCCUGAUAACCAAAACAGUGGUUCAUAAGGAAGACUAUAAUUACUCUGCAAUCGUAAGUUGAGAAUGAUAAAGCAUUACACGGUUUAAAUUUUAUAUUUCUUUAAUAUUUGUGCCUCUCAUCCAUUUUUACCAAUUGCCUAACUGACACUGUCAGUUAUAGGGGCACACCUUACUCACAGUUUCUAAAUGUUUUAUCCAUUCCUAUCCUCGGCGCUUGACCAUUAAGCACCUUGUAUCAUGCUAAGUUGAUCAGUGUCCGCACAAAAUAGAAUCUUGCUCUUGUACACUUCUUGCUUGAUGUAUCACCCUGAGAGGAUUUGUGGUCUUCCUUCUCGUUGGACAGUGUUCAUCUUCAAUGCAUGUAAAUUUUACAAUACAUACACACAUACAUGUAUAGAUGAUUUUUUUAUUGAUAUUUUUUUCAUGAGAAGCUAGAGAUUAAACUGUCUUGUAAAGAUAUAAAAGCUUCCAUACAUAUUACUCUAAGGUCCUUUGUGUUGAAUCUAUUUAAGGUAUGACAGUUCCUUGUGCAGGACUUGAUGUGUGAGUCAAACUCAUCUUGAAAAGUCACCUUGUAUUUAUUUAAUAUUUCUAAAUGCAUAUAUCAAAUACUGUAUGGAGAGUUUUACUUAAAAGUUGAUUCACAGUUUUGUUAAGAGCUGUUUUUGCACAUUGGAAGUUUUGCUUUGCAUUAUUUAUAACCUUUUUGCAUAUCAAAAAGAAAGACUGUUGAUAAUUUAGGUGCAUUUGUAUAUAUGAUAUUGUUACAGCACCAUCAGAGAAAAUAUUCAUCAUAUAUCUAAUUCAUUAAUAAGGAGAUUCUUAGAUUUAUUAAAAACAGGAAGUAAUAGUAAGUAAUCAUCGGUGAUGACAGGCAGUGUUAAACAUUAUGCCAGUGUUCAUGUGUACAUAGGAUUGCUAGUAUUGUUUUCAGGAACACUUUUUGGAGGCUUCAAGGUGAUUGAUAUGCAUGGUAAUAGCAAAACUACUACACAGAGAUGUCUGGACAAGUCACUCAUUAGUGUAUUGGUGUAGUGAUGUAGUUGUCCUAAUACCCUGCUCAUCUAGGCUUGGCAGAUCAAAUUCCCAAGUUUUUCUUGGUUCAGUCUAAUCUUAUUUAAUCAAAAUUAUUUUGUUUUUAGGUAAUAUACAGAUCAUUACACAAUUAAAAAGGAAGAGUACUGAGUCUGGACCAAGGAAAGCUUGAUGCUUGAAAAUAUAGAGUAUUCUCUACCUCGAUUGAGCAGCAUUUUAAUUAUUUAAGUAGCUUCACAGUAGAAGUUGUUUAGAAUACAGUUUUCACAACUUCUUAUUUGAUUUUGAUGUAAUUAAUGCAAAAUAGCUCAAAACCAUGACAUCAACCAUUGAUCUCUUAAAAACAGUUUUGCUGUGCAAUUGCAAAAACAGAAAUAACAACGCAAAAUUAAGAUGGCCACUUUGGAGCUUUAAGGGUUUAUGUGCCAUUGCUAUCUCUGUCAUUAUGAAGGAGAGGUGUUAAUCUAGCCUCUUAUAGCAAAGAAAUACUCUUCAAGUUUCCAUUUAUAAUAUGUAUAUUAUAUAAUAAUGUUGUGAAGUCCAAUUUUUUUAUUAUGGGAAUAUCCAGUCCCUUCAUAGUUGUAAAGAAUAUAUUGUAACCUCAUUUAUGUUAUCGGUAUGAUUGUUUUAACGUAAAUAAAGAAUGAAAGACGA